AUCGACGGCGUGCCGUGCGUGUUGUUGCGGUUGUUCCUCGCUCCGGCUCCGGCGUGUUCUUCAUCAUCAAGUCCAAGUCAACGACAAAAUCAGGUGAACCGGAUAGUAGAAGUGAUUUUUAUCGUUUGUUGAAAAAAGUAUGGAUAUGGAAGAGCGCGGUUCAUCAAUACAGGUGGAAGAAGUUAUAAUACCCGAUUUUCUGGAUACGAAGUUCGGCGACUCACUAGCCUUUGAGGAUGGCUGGUCCGAUGAGCAGUCAAUGCUGACCGAAGACAUAAGUAACGUGAAACAUGAUCCUGCGAUUGAUAUAAUUGAUACAACGGCUGAUGACGAAAUCGGGCUGUCCAGCUUUAGACUUGACAGGCGGGAGUCCAACGCAGAAAUAGCAGCUUCUGACUCUGAAUCCGAAUGUGAAGAUAGCAACGGUCAAUACAAGGCAGUGCCCGUGAGAGGUUUUCGGUGCAGCAAACGUAAUGAACCCCGCAGUGUAAAAGCACCGUGCAGUUGUGCGAAAUUUAAAUGUUUCCAGAAAUAUGCCGAUGCUACUCGAAAAAGAAUGUUGGAAAAUCUCUUAAAGCUCCCAAAAGCAGAUCAAAAUCAGUUCCUGAGUAGCCACAUGACUAAGCGGACAACUAAAAGGCCGAAGGUUCUUAACUCAAGGCGUUCAUUUUCGCGUUCGUAUUUUCUACCUGCACCGAACGGACGGAUUAAAGUGUGUAAAGAAAUGUUUAUGUCAACGUUUGAUGUUACGGAUAGAAUGACUAGACUGUUGGCGGAGAAAAAGCAGAUUGGUCGUGGCAUUCGGGCGAAAAGUUCGCGAUCUCAGCGUGGUUUAAAGACCAACCCUGAAACCCCGCCAUCCAAUUCUAAUGCAAACUGUGAUUCUAAAUCAGAAUGUAAAAAUAUUGAUGCCGGAAGCCCGCAUGUGAACCAAUUACCGUUGGUAAACGAUUUUGACGUAGAAGAAUAUUUCGAAAAGUAUCGGAAUCAAACUCUACUGUUUAAGGAUGACGAACGGAAACUUGCGCGGCUUGCUCGAAUGCGAGCUCCCCGCAGUGUGAAACCACCGUGUAGUUGUUCGAGGUUCAAAUGUUUCCUGAAGUUCGAUGAUGGUAGCCGAAAGAAAUUGUUGGAAGAUCUACUGAAGCUGCCAAUUUUUGGACAAAAGCAGUUUUUAAGCAGCUUCAUGACCACUCGGAAAACGAAGCAGUCACGGGUUGUUAGCUCAAGGCGCCUGGUUUCGCGAUCAUAUUUUCUACCUACACCGAACGGUGGGAGGAUUGAAGUGUGCAAGGAAAUGUUUUUAGCAACAUUUGAUUGUACGGACAAGAAGCUUCGACUGUUGGCGGAGAAGCAACUUGUUGAACGAGAUGUUUCAGCCGGUGAUUCAGUAUCCGAAUGCGGAGAAGAAGAUUUCAAUGAAGGCGACGAGUCGUCGAUUGACCUAUUUGAGACGUUAACUGAUGACAAAAUUGCAGUUUCCAGUUUCAGAUUUGACCCCCUUGAGGCUACAGCAGAAAUGGCAUUGGAGAUUGAUUCCGUAUCAAAAUGUGAAAAUAGCGAGGUUGAAGACCACGUUGAACGCGUUAACGUUAAUCAACGUCAAGUUGGCCAUGCAAAAUCAAAUAAAAAUGGAUUCGCCGAAGUCGAUUUUUAUUCUUUAUCGCGGUCUAAAGAGGAACGCUUGAAAUGUGCCGAAAGUGACACACAUAACGUUCCGUCCAAAAAGCAUGAAAUCAAUCAGAAAAAAAUCGCUCAAUCCCCAGUUUUACAAUAUAGAAAACAAAAUGGCCGUAGGGUUUCGUCAGCUCCCCGCAGUGUAAAACCACCGUGUGGUUGUGCAAAGUUAAACUGUUCUCUGAAGUUUGAAGACGGUUAUCGAGAGGAACUACUAGAAAACCUUUUGAAGCUUUCGACCGCAGGACAAAAUCAGUUUUUAAGUAACCAUAUCACUACUCGGACAACCAGAAUGCACACGGUGCUCAACUCAAGGCGCUCAUUUUCGCGGUCAUACUAUCUACCUACACCCAGCGGAAGGGUUAAAGUUUGCAAAGAAAUGUUUACCUCAACGUUUGAUAUUUCGGAUAGAAAGACUAGACUGUUGGCCAAGAAGCAACUAAUUCACCGAGGUAUUGUAGCGGAUGAUUCGAAAACGCAACGCAAUGGAAAAAUUAAUGUUGAAGGCUUUGACGAAAGCGAAUCGUCCUCUGCUUCUGAACCGGAAUGUGAAGAUAUCGAUAACGACAGCCAACAAAUGCGUGAAGAUACCGACGAUGGCGGUCAAGAAGUGCUGGACGGUAUCGACGACGUUGAUCAAAAAAUAUCUGAAGAUAUCGACGACGUCGGCCAAGAAGUGCUGGACAAUGGCGACGACAUCGGCCAAGAAGUGCUGGACAAUGGCGACGACGAAAACCAAGAAGUUCGUGAAGGUAUCCAUGACAGCGGCCAAGAAGUGAAUGAUGAUAUUUACGUCGAUUACCAAGUAUUGUAUAAAAAUACCGAUGACGAUAACUUUGAAGCAUGUGACAGUAUCGACGGCUACCUAGAAUUGCGCGAAGAUAUCGACGACGACGGUCAAGUAGUGGAAACUGAAUUGCCAUUAGUAAAUGAUUUCAAUAUAGAAGCAUAUUUCCAAAAGUAUCAUACACAAAAUCCAAUCAUCGACGAUGUUAAACCGGUCAAGGAAAAGAAGAUGCCCAGAAUUCAUCAAACAAGACUGACGCAGUACGCUCGAAUGCGAGGUUUGGAGUACAGGCAGCAUGCCGGCCGUGGAAUUUCAGUGCCUUCCCGCAGUGUGAAGCCGCCUUGUAGUUGCUCUUAUUUCAAAUGUUUCCUUAAGUUUGAUGACGCUACUCGAAAGAAACUAUUAGCAAAUCUCUUGAAGCUUACAACUACCAGACAAAAUGCGUUCUUGAGCAACCUCAUAACUACUAGGAAAUCAAAACGAUCACGGCUUCUCAACACAAGGCGCUCAUCUUUGCGGUCAUAUUUUCUACCAACACCUAACGGAAGAGUUCAAGUCUGCAGAGAAAUGUUUAUGUCAACGUUUGACGUUAAGGGUAAAAAAAUUCGAGUCUUGGUCAAGAGGCAACUAAUGCAUGACGAAAAAGUAAAAGUUGAAAGCUUUGAUGAAGGCGAAUUGUCCUACAGCGGGUGCGAUCCACUGUUCAACAAGUCCAUCUGCUCUUCCGCUUCCGCUGACGAUGCAGAGUUGCCCAGUGCGGGAGACAGUGUGCUAGAUACUUCGCGUCCAAAAUCAGUAAUUGCAAACUCUGAUUCUGAAUCGGAAUUUAAAGGUUUCGACGACGACGACGACGGCCAAGAAGUGCAUACUAAAUUAUCACUAAUAAACGAUUUUAAUAUACAAGAACGUUUCGAUAAGUGUCAAGCUCAAGCUGCUAAGGAAAAUCUAGAUUCUUACCGAAGCUUUGCACAGUAUGCUCGAAUGCGAGGCUUGGGUUAUAGACGGUACGCCGGCCGUGGCUGUUCGGUGCCUCCUCGCAGUGUCAAACCACCCUGUAGUUGCUCAAAGUUCAAAUGUUUCCUGAAAUUGGACGAUGCUACUAGAGCGAAACUAUUGGAAGGUCUUUUGAAGCUAACAAUUUGCGGACAAAAUCAGUUCUUGAGUAACCACUUGACUAUUCGAACCACUAUACGGUCGCAGGUGCCAAACUCGAAGCGCUCAUUUACGCGAUCGUAUUUCCUACCUACACCCAAUGGAAGGGUCAAAGUCUGCAGGGAAAUGUUUAUCUCAACGUUUGACAUUACGGACAAAAAGAUACGACAAUUGGCGAAGAAGCAACUAAUUGAGCGAAGCAUUACAGCGGUGGAUUUAAAAUCUCAAAAUGGUGAAAAAACGGCAACUGAAGACUCCGAUGGAGAUGAUGAAGCAUCCUAUAUCGAGUGCGAUCCACUACUGUUCAACAAGUCCGUCUAUUCCUCCGCUUCCGAUGAACAUGUAGAAUUACCCAGCGAAGGACAUAGUUCUCCAAAUUGGUCAAGCAUAAAACUAGAAAUUACUUACUGUGAUUCUGAGUCGGAAAGGGGAAAUAUUGGCGAUCAUGACAGUCAGCGUGAAGAAGUCGAUAACGAUAGCCAAGAAGUAAAUACUGAAUCACCAUUAUUAGCAAACGAUUUCAAUCUAGAAGAAUAUUUCGAAAAAUAUCAAAAGCAAACUCUAAUCAUCAACGAUGAUGAACCUGUCAAGGAAAAGAAGAAACCCAAAGUUAAUCCAACAAAAUUGGCGCAGUACGCCCGAAUGCGAGGUUUGGAGUACAGGCAGUAUGCCGGCCGUGGAACAUUAGUGCCUCCCCGCAGUGUGAAACCGCCAUGUAGUUGCUCGUUGUUAAAAUGCUAUCUGAACUUUAACGAUGGCACUCGAAAGAAACUCUUGGAAAAACUCCUGAAACUUACAACUGCCGAACAAAAUCAGUUCUUGAGCAACCACAUGACUACUCGGAAAACAAAACGGUCACGGGUUCAUUACUCACGGCGUUCAUUUACACGAACAUAUUUUCUACCUACACCUAAGGGAAAAGUUCAAGUCUGCAGAGAAAUGUUUGCGGCAACGUUUGACGUUACGGAUAGAAAGCUUCAAAACUUGGCCGACAAGCAACUAAUCGAACGGAGUAUUUCAGCGGUUGAUUCAGAUUCUCAACAUGACGAAAAAGCAGCAAUUGAAAACUGUAAUGACGACGAAUCGUCCUACAUCGAGUGCGACUCUAGUAAUAUGUCUUGGAGUCCAAAGAAGGAAAUUGAUUCUGAAUCAGAAUAUGAAAAUAUCGUUGGUGAAGACCAAGAAGUGUACGACGAUAGUGACACUGAUAGCCAACAAAUAGAUACUGAUGAAAUAGCGAUUGUUGAAGAAUUUAAUGUUGAAAAGUACUUCGAAAGCUAUCAGGAUCAAACUCUAAUCAAUGACGAUGAUAAGUCGGUCAAUUUUGGUGAAAAUCAAGACUCUUCGUCACUGCUCAGCUGGACUGGAGCGCAGUUGGAAGAUGCAAGCAACCCUCUUACCCAUCAACGUAAAUUUAUACAACAUGCCCGGCUGCGAGGUUUGGAGCAUUGGCAGACUAAUGGAGUUCUAGUGCCUCCACGCAGUGUGAAACCACCGUGUGGUUGUUCGAGGCGUAAAUGUUUCCGAAAAUAUGAUGAUUCCGUUCGGAAAAAGAUGUUGGAAAGUCUACUGAAACUUACCAGCUCCGGACAAAAACGGUUCCUAAGCAGCCACAUGGUGAUUCGGGCCGCUGGAAAGGGAAAGCGCUCCACCAGCUCAAGGCGCCUAUUUUCGCGGUCGUACUUUUUACCCGCUCCGAACGGAUGGAUUGAAGUGUGCAAAGAAAUGUUUUGUUCAACGUUUGAUAUUAAAGAUAAAAAGCUUCGAUUAUUGGCGGAGAAGCAGCUUCUUGACCGAGGCAUUUCAGCGGAUGAUUUAAGGCUUUGAAAGGCUGCACUUAAGAGCAUCUACGAAACAGAAGGCUUUAUAAUAAACAACUGUGAUUAGUACAAACUUGUCGGCACACUCAAAUUAGUGAAGACGAUCAACUAGCGGAAACUGAAGUUUCAAGACGACAUUUCCAAACUACAUUGAUUGAAAAGGCUGGUAAUCCUACGUUUAAUAUCGUUCGUUUUUUGCAAUCAACAAAAGUGAUUGUGAAUCAACAAAGUGACUUCGCUCAGGAAACUUUAACUCAGACACGUUCAUAUACGGUUGUAUCUAGCAAUGCUAAAAGGCAGCACGGAAGAUGGUAAUGCACCACAAAAUUAUCAUCAACCGUUGUUAUCACCAACGGAUCAACUAAUAGACACAUGGAAGUUGCCCUACCUAUCCCAUCCAAAAAGGCCAAAAAGUUCCAAAAGAAACAUUGACAGAGACCCCGCCGACCGUUGGAGUCACCCACUGUUAGACUAGCACGGUCCCAAUGGUAACAUAAAACUAGUGGUCAAGAGUAUAAAUAAAUCAUAAAUUGAAAACGAGCCAACAAAAUAAUUGGAUUGGAUUCUUGACCGG